AUCCCGAAAACGAAACAUGAGCAAGGUUCAAGCGAGUGCCGUCCGUGAGGCUGUCAAGGAACUCCUCCGCUACUCCAAGGAGGAGAAGCCCAGAAAGUUCACCGAGACCAUCGAGCUCCAGAUCGGUCUCAAGAACUACGAUCCCCAGCGUGACAAGCGUUUCUCUGGAACCGUCCGCCUGCCCAACAUCCCCAAGCCCAAGAUGAAGAUUUGCAUUCUCGCCGAUCAGGCCCACAUUGAUCAGGCCAAGCAGAUCGACCUCGAGUACCAGUCUGUUGAGGACCUCAAGAAGCUCAACAAGAACAAGAAGCUGAUCAAGAAGCUUGCCAAGAAGUACGAUGCCUUCCUGGCCUCUGAGGCUCUCAUCAAGCAGAUCCCCCGUCUGCUCGGUCCCGGUCUGGCCAAGGCCGGCAAGUUCCCCACCCCCCUCACCCACUCCGAGAACCUGGGUGACAAGGUCACUGAGAUGAAGGCCACCAUCAAGUUCCAGCUCAAGAAGGUUCUCUGCCUCGGUGUUGCCAUUGGCCACGUCGAUAUGACCGAGGACGAGAUCAUCCAGAACACCAUGAUGUCCAUCAACUUCCUGGUCUCCCUUCUCAAGAAGAACUGGCAGAACGUCAAGUCCCUCUUCAUCAAGUCGUCCAUGGGCAAGCCUGUCCGCCUCUACUAAAUGGAGAUUUGUCCGCAGCCCCACUGGUGUACCAAUGCAGCCCUGCUUCUGUGGGGCUGUUAUUGGGAGCUAAGUCCCUUGCGUUUAUGUUUCAAGAAUAAAAGGCCAUAGUUUUCGAUGAA